AUGCCUAAAUGUCUUGACCUCUCUAGACUACCCAAGGCUCCAGGUAUUCGUUCAAUCAACCGUUGCAAUGUAACACCCGGCUCCCCUCUUCCAGUACUUUUCCCUGGUAGCGCGCCGUACAACCGUGCCCGCACCGUUGAUCCAACGCACCCUGCCACUCGAUGGAAAGCUCACGCAUUUCCUCAAUUCUCCUGUCCUGCAUUCACGCUACGCGCUGUACCCAAGGGUGCGCUUCUGCGCCCAGAAUUUGAGAGGCGUUCCUCUCAGAUGGAGCGCCCUGCCAUGGUACCGCGGGGGGAACGGAAGGACAGUUCGAAGAGAGUAGAUAUGAGCAUAGUAUUCAUGAUUUCGAAAAAGAACACGAACAAGAGGGCAGUGGUGCGCAAUAGGAUCGCGAUGCGCAUCAGGUCUGCUUUUGAGCUCAUUGUUGCCCGAGGUGCUGAUGCUGAGCUGAAAGACAAUGACAAUAGCAGACAACUGGGUAAGGAACGUGGGCCUGAAGAAUCCUCGAGCGCUGUUAGGAAGCCCAAGAAAAAUAUUGAUCACUGGACAUAUGUUAUGUCGCCUACUCUCCUGAGUUACCGCAUGCCCCUCCCCGAUCUCAUACAACACCUCCGUGCGGGCCUCGAGAGCAUUCGGGCGCAUUCAAUGAAGCUCGAUGUGCAGUGG